CCCCGACAGAGAAGAAGAAGGGGAUUCAAAAUGGCAGCGCCCUGCGGUCACACUUAGCGACCAGUCACUCGGGUCAAACUCGCAGCUUCCCCCCUCGAGAGCGUGACCAGAGUCUGCGCCAUGUUUCCAGAGACGUCUCGGUGUUUCGGCGCGGCGCAAACCGCCUUCUUGAAGGAACUGAGCCGGUCGUCCGCACACGGAGGGGCCGGCCGCCCGCAGGCCCGCAGACACUUCGGUGUCAGCCGCCGUCUGACGGGCAGGGCCCCGCCUGCGCGCCCAUCCAGGGAGAGGGUGACCAUCCCCGGGCUGGAGACGGUCACCUACGCGGAGAGGAUGCACUAUGUCCCGGGGCUGGCUAAGCCCGUGCACACCAAGUGGGAGAGGGGCUACAAGGACCCGAGGUACUACGAGUCCCCCCCGGCUCACCACAUGCCUCUGUACAAAGAGACACCGUGUUACGUGUACAACCAGAGGACCAGCGCGCUGGAAGGUGUGCGACAGGCUCUGUGGUUGACCAAAACCAAGCUGACCGCGGGUCUGCCCCCUCAGCUCGUCUCGGCGGCAGAGAGUCCUGCCAAUCAGAUCCCAAAUCAGGAUGAGCGCGUGCAGAACGCCAUCAAACACGCCCGCUUCUGGGACACGACGGAGGAACGGCCGGACAAAGCCAAAUACAGCAACACGCUGUUCCUCAACCUGAGCCACCUGUGUGCAACGCUCCAGUCCAGUCACCCUGCGGUCGGGAGGAGGCUCUUCGCUGAGAAGUACUCGUUGGCUGCCACUUGGAGAAGAGGUGAGGACCUGUUCCAGAUUAGAGGUCAGAACGGCUCACUGCACAGCUGCAUGGACCCGCUCCCUGUGGUUUCUGGGAAACAGGAAGUAGCAGACACUGCCGAUCACAUCCUAGAGACCUUCUACCCCGUCGCGCCCACCAUCGACCUGCAGAAGGUGAACGUCUAUAAGGAUGGGGCCAACAGCUCAGGUUUCCGUGACGACUACCCUUACCCUCACGCCCACACACUUUACUUCCUGGAGGGAGCUAAUCCUCGCUGUAAGCUCCGCCCAGAACAGUUCAGAGCCAGCAUGCUCAUGUUCAGCUUUGGGAACGCUCUGGCCCGUGCACACAAGCUGUACGGGACCCAGCCCCAGCGCAUGUUAGAUUGUCCUAUAACCGUACAGGCAGUGGGGACCAACGGUAGAAUUUUCCAGUUCUUGGUUUUCCAGCUCAACACCACAGAUCUCUCGGGAGACGACGGCAUCAAAAACCAGGUGUGGCUGGACGAAGACGUGGAGCUCUAUGACUUCGCUAAAGUCCGACCACUGAUCAAGAAGAAACAAGUGAAGGUACCAGCCGGUCUGGCAGGAUACAAGCCUGAGACAUUCAGCAAGUUCCUGGCCCUGUACCUGAACGGAGCUCUGUAGGACCUCGAGAGUUUGUGUGUGUGUGUGUGGGAUCUAAACCGGUGUCUUAUCAGAAAAUUACUUUCCUGUCAACAAACAAUCAAUGACCUGGUUCACAGUGCGAUCUGAUCUUGGGACGGUUUCAGGGGACUGCAGCUUCUCGUUUCACACACCGGCCCAGUUCAGUCAAUAAAAACUGUUUGUGUCCGA